GACGCAGGCAGGCGGCGGGCAGCGGGAGGCGGCAGCCCAGUGCGGUUCCCGCGGCUCCCAGCGGAGCCCCGCGCCCGCCGCGCCAUGGCCCGGAGACCCCGGCACAGCAUCUACAGUAGUGACGAGGAUGAUGAAGACAUUGAGAUGUGUGACCAUGAUUAUGAUGGGCUGCUUCCCAAGUCUGGAAAGCGUCACUUGGGGAAAACUAGGUGGACCAGGGAAGAGGAUGAAAAACUAAAGAAGCUGGUGGAACAGAAUGGAACAGAUGACUGGAAAGUUAUUGCCAAUUAUCUCCCGAAUCGAACAGAUGUGCAGUGCCAGCACCGAUGGCAGAAAGUACUAAACCCUGAGCUUAUCAAGGGUCCUUGGACCAAAGAAGAAGAUCAGAGAGUGAUAGAGCUUGUACAGAAAUACGGUCCGAAACGUUGGUCUGUUAUUGCCAAGCACUUAAAGGGGAGAAUUGGAAAACAAUGUAGGGAGAGGUGGCAUAACCACUUGAAUCCAGAAGUUAAGAAAACCUCCUGGACAGAAGAGGAAGACAGAAUUAUUUACCAGGCACACAAGAGACUGGGGAACAGAUGGGCAGAAAUCGCAAAGCUACUGCCUGGACGAACUGAUAAUGCUAUCAAGAACCACUGGAAUUCUACCAUGCGUCGCAAGGUCGAGCAGGAAGGUUAUCUGCAGGAGUCUUCUAAAGCCAGCCAGCCACCAGUGGCCACAAGUUUUCAGAAGAACAGCCAUUUGAUGGGUUUUGCCCAUGCUCUACCUUCAGCUCAACUCCCUCCAACUGGCCAGCCCUCAGUUAACAAUGACUAUUCCUAUUACCACGUUUCUGAAGCACAAAACGUCUCCAGUCACGUCCCAUAUCCUGUAGCGUUACAUGUAAAUAUAGUCAAUGUCCCUCAGCCAGCUGCUGCAGCCAUUCAGAGACACUAUAACGAUGAAGACCCUGAGAAAGAAAAGCGAAUAAAGGAGCUAGAGUUGCUUCUAAUGUCAACUGAGAAUGAACUCAAAGGACAGCAGGCACUUCCAACACAGAACCACACAUGCAGCUACCCUGGGUGGCACAGCACCACCAUUGCCGACCACACCAGACCUCAUGGAGACAGUGCACCUGUUUCCUGUUUGGAAGACCACCACUCCACUCCAUCUCUGCCGGUGGAUCCUGGUUCCCUACCUGAAGAAAGCGCCUCUCCAGCCAGGUGCAUGAUCGUCCACCAAGGCACCAUUCUGGACAAUGUUAAGAACCUCUUAGAAUUUGCAGAAACACUUCAAUUUAUAGAUUCUGAUCCUUCAUCGUGGGGUGAUCUCAGCAGUUUUGAAUUCUUUGAAGAAGCAGCUUUUUCACCUAGCCAACACCACGCAGGCAAGGCCCUCCACCUUCAGCAAAGAGAGGGCAAUGUGAAUAGGCCUGCAGGAGAGCCUAGAAAGAGGGCGAACAAACGCAAGUUGAGUGAGGGUUCACUUGACCUGCCCAAGCCCUUCCCUCCUGCGAGGCCCAGCACAAUUCCACGGGUCAUCCUUCGAAAAAAGCGGGGCCAAGCCAGCCCCAUAGCCACUGGACACUCUAGUUCCUUGAUAUUUGCUGACGUCAGCAGUUCAACUCCCAAGCAUUCCCUUGUCAAAAGCCUACCUUUCUCCCCCUCGCAGUUCUUAAACACUUCCAAUAACCAUGAAAACUUAGACUUGGAAAUGCCUUCUUUAACUUCCACCCCUCUCAAUGGUCACAAAUUGACUGUUACAACACCAUUUCAUAGAGACCAGACUGUGAAAACUCAAAAGGAAAAUACUAUUUUCAGAACUCCAGCUAUCAAAAGGUCAAUCCUAGAAAGCUCUCCGAGAACUCCUACACCAUUCAAACAUGCACUCGCAGCUCAAGAAAUUAAAUAUGGUCCCCUGAAGAUGCUACCUCAGACACCAUCUCAUCUAGUAGAAGACCUACAAGAUGUGAUUAAACAGGAAUCUGAUGAAUCUGGAAUUGUUGCUGAGUUUCAAGAAAAUGGACCACCUUUACUGAAGAAGAUCAAACAAGAGGUGGAAUCUCCAACUGAUAAAACAGGAAACUUCUUCUGCUCAGACCACUGGGAAGGGGAGAGUCUGAACACUCAGCUGUUCACACAGGCAUCGCCUGUGGCAGAUGUGCCCAAUAUUCUUACAAGUUCCGUUUUAAUGACACCAGUAUCAGAAGAUGAAGACAAUGUUCUCAAAGCAUUUACAGUACCUAAAAACAGGUCCCUGGCGAGUCCCUUGCAGCCUUGUAGCGGUGCCUGGGAAACUGCAUCCUGUGGGAAGACAGACGAUCAGAUGACGGCUUCCGGUCAGGCUCGUAAAUACGUGAACGCCUUCUCAACCCGGACUCUGGUCAUGUGA